GCUGAAGGAAAUCGGGAGCGCUAAAGGAGAUCGAGCGGAGAGGAAAGAGAAAAAAUGCCGUGCUUGCUCGCGCUUCGCUGCGAGAUUGCCACUCACAGUCCGCAUGAAUCGGCUGUGGAUCCAAAGCGGUGGGCGAUUGGAGCGAAUCCGGCAGCAUUGCGGAGCCUCAAUCCAAUCCGGAGAGCGAUGGAAUCCAUGCCGACGGUCCAGGGGCGAGGAAAGAAGCCAAUUUCGCUCACUCUCGGCGACCCCUGCGCUUUCGGCGAGAUCAAAGCUCCCCAGGUAGCCGUCCAGGCGCUCACGGACGCCAUCUCCGGCUUCCACUACAAUGGCUACAGCCAAGCAGCUGGAAUCUACGACUGCCGCAGCUGGCUUUCGGUGUGUGAUCCCGACUGUGUCCUCAAGGAAGCAAAGGUGCUGGACGCCUUCACAAAUCUCGCACAGAUGCAUCUGUCAACGUGUACACCGAUUCAGGCCGCGCUGCCGAAGAUAUUGCAAAAUACUCCACAAGACUUUUUCAGUCAAACUUUGGAUACACUCAGCACAAGAGCCGAUCUUUGCUACGAGAGAGCUCAGAAGACCCCGGGACUGUCCUGUCCUUCAAAGCCUCGAGGCUCUAUGUAUAUCAUGAUUAGAAUCGAUUCAGACAAGUUCAAAGACCUCAGAGACGAUAAGGAGUUUGCGGUGGCUCUCGCGAAGGAGGAAGCACUCAUGGUAUUACCAGGUUCUGCUUUCGGUUUUCCUGGUUGGAUCCGCCUCUUGUUUGCUGCUCCUGAGACUAUUCUGGAUGAAAGUUGGGAUAGACUCGAGGCGUUCUGCACACGACAUACAAAAUAGUCAAGAGAAAAUGUCCACACAUUCUUUUCACACAAGAAAAAGCCGUGUGUCACCAGUAAUUCAGCGUCUACAGUUCUUCUGA